UUCAGUCUUGUCUUAGAUAUUUUAAAACUGGAAACUUUAUCUCGUUUUACGUGUGUAUGCAGAUUUAGUUGAAACACGAUGUUAUGUCAUCGUAGAGAAUAAAACCCAUUCUCUUGUUAACACUCUGCUCUGUGUAAAGAUCAGUGAGGAAAUGAUAGAAUGAGUGAAGAAGAAUUUAAUUAGGCGCAACUGGAAAGGGAUACAACGAAAAUGUCUAUACAAGGCGAGGGUCUUGGCUUGUGCCGGUAAUGGAGUACCUCUGGGAUCAGCCCACCGGAGGUGUUUCGUUGUGAAUUCCUACGUAUACAGCAGACUCGUACUGUGUCAUACAUGAAUUAGGGAAGGAAUUUUUUACGUCUGUAAAAAUUGUGCCCCUUUAAAGUCAUAGAGAGUAUAAGUGAGUUAUCCAGCUGUAAACCAACGAUGGUUUUCAGUAGAACCUUGAGCAGUGUUUUUAUAAUACUAAUUUUUCUGACGUGUGUCUCCUGGAUUAAAGUCAAGGAACAAAUGGCACUACAAUGGACAAAACGUAAUUUUUAAACACAUUAGCUUGACCUCAAUUCUUGUUUGCAGGCUUAUCUUCGUCAGACGAUUAGAAGAGAAACGAGUUUCUUUAUCUGAUAAACAUUGAGAUAUCAGAUAUAAUAUUUAUUAUUGAUAUUCCAGAAUAUGUUAUAAAUUUUUAAAUUAUCUUUGUCUUGGGCUCCUGGUCGUGUGUUUUAAUAUAGUUAAAUAAUUUGUUUCGUGACGAACUAAAAUUUAUUGGAACUGGUUUGUGCAGAACGCAGAUUAUGAAAGUCUGGUUUCCCUAACAAGAUUGUGUUCCACUUCCUGGCAGUGUAAAUUACUCCCAAAAGUCAUCAAUCAGCUGUGAUUGGCUGUACCCUUUCGGGAUUAUUAAUUAUUUUUCUUAAAUUUAACUUGCCUCAGUCGUUCUAUACAACCCGGAUCGUUAUGAAUUGCAGUGAUUAAUCUUAUAAAACUGGCAAGUGUUUGUGCUGCUGUCUGGAAGUAGAGAUAGCAAGUUGUCAACUGCAGUACGAAUUUCGUGCUAGCCUUCAUUGCCAGAGCCGCCUUCAGGUGACUGUCUAUGUGGGAAUGUGUCAAUAACUCUUAAUUGCUUUGACGAAUACUCCCUUUGAAAUAAACGUGCGAAUAAUAAUUGACAGGAAAUUGUAUUAUAACAAAUCAACAGAUUAAUCUGUAGACUGAAGAAUCCAGAUUAAUACAAACAUAAAAACGACAAGAUUGAAGUAGGUUCAGUAUUUUAAACGUUAAAGUGUAGGUUUUAGUUAGUUUAGUAACGAGGUUGUCUAACAGAAGACUUGAAAAAAUUAUUUUCAUAUAGGAUUGCUGUUAUAUAAACUCGUGCAAAAUCUCCGUAAAGCUUUGAAGUUUUUAUUGGAAGUGACAAGGCUUGUAACGUCAUUAAGAAAUGUGACGUGUAGUACUUGCUUUGAAACAUCAUGUCCAAACCGACUGCGUAUCUCCAUUAUACAGAAUUGUUUUACGUUCUCUAAAAUGACAUGAAUUUAAUUAAAUAAACGGACACAUUUCAGCCAUCAGGCACUGUUCUUUUUAACUAAUUUCAGUGUUUUAAAUGUAUUUCUAGUUUUAUAACAGUUUUAAAUUAAAUAUCUUACGAUAAUCGGUUUACGUAACUGAUAACCUCAAUUUUGCUGUUGGAUUCCGAUACCAAAAUAACUUUCUUUGCAUUAAUUUUGCUCGGUCUGUGGUCUGUCUGGUCGGCCUGUUGGUUUCCAAGAAGCAGUCUGAGGUCGCGUGCAUUUGGCCACAUGGGAAGCAGAGAUUGUUAAAACAGCUGACUUCAGAGAUAGGCAACCUAUUUCACGCUAUUAAUGUCUUAUAUUAUAAAUGAAUACUACAAUAUUUUGGAGAAAAUUAAGUGAUAAUUGGUUGAAAUCUAAUUGUCAUGCUCCUUCAGUUUGGAAAUCGUUUAAAGGUACAAAGAAACCGCAGUUGCUUAAGAAGAGAAUGCUAUACGCAUUUCAUCGGUAAUUCAAGGAAAAUAAUUGGAAUCUUAUGAUAGUGAGGCAGUAUAAGAGACAGGUUGAAAUGUUAUCAGCUCUGUGACAUCGCUUCACAUAAAAACUGAAGAUAUUUUCUCAAUUAGUAAACCAAUAACUGGAAAAUAACUCACCAGAUGUAGAUAGGACGUCCGCAAUAAUAAUACUACUUGCACAGUGCGCAUUUAAAGUAUAUGAAACUUAUGUAAGCAAAAAUCAAGUAAUAUUAUAACUUCAUUGUAUGUUACAAUGUUUCGUGUUACUUUUACAAUGUUCCGUGUUACUUUUACAAAAGUUGUGCUCAUAUUUUUAAUUGUAAAUAAUAAAGUAAUAAUUAUUACAAAUACUACGCAACAUGUAAUAAUUAUGGUGCGUAUAAGUAUAUAUUUAACAGAGUUAAUGUAGGUCUUUUGUCAUCUAAGUAAAAAGAAAAUUUAAUUAUACGUACGACAUGUGUUAAGUUUCUUAUCUCAUAAUUGAAACAAAACGAUUCAAACACUUCAUAUAUGACCUCGUUACUCAAGUGUUUGUCAAUAUAAGCAGCAUGUCACAGUAACGAAUGCUUAAGAGAUAUACAGUAUAUGCUGUCGUAAAUCCGUUUAGCGGAAAGUGUUGUGUUCGUCUUCCUGAAAAAAGAAAAAUUACCACGAACAUUUGCGAAGUACUUUACUACAAUUCUGAUAUAAAAUCUGACUUGCUAGAAGUGUUGUAACCGCACAGCGAAGAAGUUAAAAUACGGGAAAGAAAUUAAUGAAGCGUCCAGCCUAACGUAACACUGUGUCGUCGAUAUGGGCAGCCUGGAGUCUCUGUUACCCGAGCGAGAGGAUGCGUCUUCGUGUUCGGCGUUCCGUAACUCCACGUCCUUGGUCAUUCAGCAUCCUGGAGAAGAAGCAGACGACGACCCUAGGGACGAGACGCUGCGCCAUUACUCUUACGGAGUGGCCAUGCCGGCCAUUUGCUGCCUUGGGAUUCUGGGAAACGUGCUGAAUCUCGUGGUGCUGACCCGGCGUAACAUGAAGGGUACCGCGUACAUCUACAUGAGAGGAUACUCUGCCGCUGCGCUCCUCGCCAUCUUGUUCGCCAUCCCGUUCUGUUUGCGGUUGCGGAUUUACAAAGACUCCGGCAGGUGGAACAAUCUGCCACAGGCCUUCUACCACGAGCACCUUGAACUGUUUCUGGGAAACGCCUGUCUCGGUGUCGGCGUCAUGAUGCUUCUGGCCCUCACAGUGGAGCGCUACAUAUCCGUGUGUCACCCGGGACGCACCCAGCCCCUGAUCGGGCCCCCUCGCCUCAUCGUGUGUCUCAUCCCCCUCCUGACAUUCCUGAUAUACCUCCCGAACGCCUUUCGCUACGAACUGAGGCCCUGCUUGCUCUCGCCAGGCGGACCGCUUUUCUACCAGCGAGAGGACAACAAACGCUUGCUCGAUUCUGUCAUCUAUUCCACCUACAAGGUGGUACUGGAGGUCGUUUUCAAAGUGGGGCCAACAGUCCUGCUGGCAGCCCUCAACAUGAGGAUCAUGAUAGUCUACCGAAGAUCCUGCGAGCGUCGUCGUCGGAUGAUCCUUUGUAGGACGUCGUCUUCAGACGAUGACCCUCGAACAUUCGCAGAAGAACGCCGUCUUAUCCUGCUUCUCGGCAGCACCUCCAUACUCUUCUUAGUGUGCGUCUCUCCAAUGGUCAUUCUCAACGUGACCCUUUCACAGAGAAACCUCAGUAUGUAUUCGUAUCAGGUGUUCCGGGCAGUGGCGAACCUGCUGGAAGUUACCAACUACUCCAUGACUUUCUACAUUUACUGCCUGUUCUCGGAAGAUUUCAGAAACACUUUGUUGAGGACCUUCGGGUGGCCUUGGAAACGGGAUGCCCCGACUGCUUUUCAGGAUGCUCAUUCCGCCGUCGUGGCAAAACAACUGAUGGCGACGAAGUUGAACGCAACGCCGACUUUGACCACGGCGUCUGCAAGCAAUAACAACGCAACAGUUAUGUGCCUGCCUGUGGUUCCCAACAACACGGCACAGAAAUUGUGGAAGGGGUUCAAGAGACCAAUUCAGGGCACUUGUGGUUACGUGCACAAUGGUAGUGCCAGUGUAUAACAUUGAUCUCGUUAAGAGGCUUCAGUCCUAUUUAUCAUUCCUCAAGAACCAUUCCGUAAUUUGAUCCAGACAGCAAACAAGAAUAAAUAAUUUCUUGUAGUAUCCGAUAUUACAUCACUUCAUUUAUAAUGUAACUUCACACUUCUGAUGCAGAUUAUCUAUCUUUUUUUUUCCUUUAAAAUUCGUGAUUUGUCGUCUAUCAAAAAAUGACGCCAUUAAACAAUGUCACGUUAUAUUUGUUUACUCUGCAUUGUUAUACCAUCACAACAAUGCCGACUAAAGAAAUGACUCGAGUAAACACUAAACUAACUAAACACUAAACUAGUUUAGUGUCUUACACAAGAUUUUAAAACGCAACCACCACCCCCUUCGGGGGAGUUGGUUGCGUUUUAAACACUUGACUAACCCCCUCAAGGAGCUCCGAAAGGGAUUAGUCAAGUGUUUUAACCCCCCAUUCGGGGGGGUUGGUUUAGUUUCUUA